CUAAUCUUAGGAAGUGCGUCGUUUGUCCAGUGGAUUAUGGCGUUUACUUUUGGAUUUUAUGAUCGGCUUUUCCGAAUGAAAUACAUCAGGAUUUAUUUGUCAUAAAGAUAUUGCUACAUGUCAAAACUUUUUCCAUGAAUUAAAAUCGAUGAAAAUUGCAGUAAAUUGUAUGCAAAACGUCUAUAUCCAAGAGGGACAGCUCGGAAUACAUCCAAGAUCUUUGGCAGAUCACAAUCAUUCAGUAGACGGUGUUUGCGUGCACGGGGAAAUUGUCAAUCUCGAUUCGAGCUGCCCUCUUCACGCGAUGUUACCAUAGAGCAGACUCACGGAAUGAAAACACACCUCCAGAGUUCCAGGGCUUUUCAUAACAAUACACUCAUUCAUUUAAGAAAAAGUGAAAAGAAUUCCUUCCGGAAUGUGUACACUUCUUCCUGCAGUCGCGCCCUCAAGUUUCUAGGAAUUAUAUCUCCAAUAGCAGAAAUUUUCAAUUGCCAGAAUAUAAUGAUUUCUCAUCGUGAAUUUCAUUUGUCUUAUCAUUGAGGAUAAACUAAAGAAGGGUUAAAAAAAUGCGUUUAAUGCGUCUUCGUUUCGCCCUCCUUGCCGGCGUCGCUUUCGCCAUCAUCUGGAUGCUGCACUAUGGAAUGCUUUUGCUGACGAAAGAUGUGUUCUCGGAUAAUCAAAUCGAAGAGAACGUUUGGAAAGACGAGAAGGAGGGGCCACUGUCGUGUCGUCAUCCGAUUCUAGACGUUAUGAAUCCUCUGAUUAAAAAGCACAUUAAAGACAUGGGAGAAUUGAAAUGCAACAGGGAGGAAGACUGGGUCGAAACUCGUAAGGGAACUGUAUUUAUCACCACUGAUGCAACCAAGCUUCAUGGAAAAAUAAAGUGCAAACUUUCCUAUAUCGAGAGGGUGGACGAUUUCAAUAUAAAGCUCGGAAAUUCAGUAGAGUUAGUUUCGGGUAAUGCACCUGUUAAGUUAGAACAGGAUUUUUUUGUUGUGAAAUGUGAGGGAGCAGACAAGAAGCUGUGGAAGAAUCUUAUGGCUGGAAUCCACAGAAACGAAACGUUAGUAGAAGAGUUGAAAGACAUCGAACCACCUCCCAAAUCCAUGAAACUAAAUGUGAUCAUGUAUGGGCUCGACUCCAUGUCCAGAAUGCAUUUCAUACGUAAAUUGCCAAAAACAUACAAAUAUCUUACAGAAAACUUGAAAGGCAUUGUGCUAGAGGGUUACAAUAUUGUUGGAGAUGGCACGCCUCAAGCCCUUAUACCCAUUCUGACGGGAUCCACAGAAUCUGAAUUGCCCGAAACAAGAAAAAGAGUGAAAAAUGCAAACUUUGUGGACAUUUAUCCGUUUGUGUGGAAAAAUUUCAGUGCUAGUGGUUAUGUGACCGCUUGGGCAGAAGAGCAACCGACUGUUGGAACGUUUACUUACAGAUUAAAAGGUUUCAAAGAACAGCCCACGGAUCAUAGCAUGAGGACGUUCUUUCUCAAACUGAACAAGGUCAUAGGAAAUCAUCCUAAGCUUUGCCUAGGUAACAAACCUCGUCAUACGAUAAUGCUGGAUUGGAUUCGACAGUUUUACGAUGUAUACAGCGACGUUCCCAAAUUUGCAUUCUGCUUCAAUUCCGAACUAAGUCACGAUGAUUACAAUUACAUAGGAUACGCUGACAAGGACAUAGAAAAUUUCCUCAAAUAUCUCGGUGACAGCGGCAUUUUGGAAAAUACCCUACUGAUUGUGAUGAGUGAUCACGGACACAGAUUCGCUCCCAUUCGUGCUUCACAACAAGGGAAGCAGGAAGAAAGGUUACCAUUCUUUUCAUUCGUCCUUCCUCCUUCGAUGCAAGAGCAGUAUCCCCAAUUUGUAGAGAACAUUAAAAAGAACAAGAAUCGUUUGGCGACACCCUUUGACAUUCACGCCACGUUUCUAACUCUCUUGCACCCCGAUAUACCACUCAAAGGACAGGCCUCCAGUCGAAGCAUCAGCCUCUUUUCCGAAAUUCCCAAAGAAAGAACCUGUCAAUCAGCUUCAAUAGAAUCGCACUGGUGUGCAUGCUUGUCCUGGUCUGACAUGCCUACAACAGCUCCUCUGGCCCAGAUAGUAGGAAAUUCUGUAAUACAGUUCAUUAAUAAUCUCACUCAACACCAAAGAGACAAAUGCCAAGAGCUUCAAUUAUUCAAAGUCAUGAGACUAGAGAAAUUUAUACCAAACAAAGAUUUCUUAACAUUUAAGAAAAAUGCAGACUUGGAUGGCAGAGCUGGUGAAUUCAGUGACAACACAGAAGUGACAGAAAUCCUUUACCAAGUACAGUUGAUGGCUUCCCCAAGUGAGGGAAUCUAUGAAGCCAUAGUGAAGUACAGCAAACUAGAUAAUACAUAUCGAAUAAACGAACAUGAAAUAAGUCGAAUAAACAUGUAUGGGAAUCAAGAACAUUGCAUUCAUGAUGAUUAUCCUGAACUAAGGAAAUACUGUUACUGCAAAAUCCAACUCCCAACUGGAUGAAGAAAUACUUCAACUGUUUAUCUUAUAAUCAGAAAACUAGUCAUCGUGAAAUGUGGAAACAUUCACAGUUAUCUCUUCACCUGAGGAUUUCAACAUUCAUUAAAUCAAAGAGAAUAUAGAUUUUUUUAAUAAAUCAAAUCUCAAUAAACUUUUAAAGAACAAUCAUGAUUAAAGUGCCAGAAGUUGAACAAAGGUUUCAUGUGUGAAUAACAUAUAUAUAUAUAUAUAUACAAUAAUAUAUUUUUCUAUUUACCUAAUAGUAGUUAAACAGGAGUUCCUUAGUUGAUAAAAUAUGGAUGGCUAAUGUAAAUUAUACUGAAGACUAUACAUUGCAUUAUAUAUAGUGAUGGCAGGCUACAAUUCUUGGUUCAUUUUCGUGAUCAAUGGGACACAUUUGGCAUAUAUUUAAGCUGCUGUUAAGCUAUUGGAAAAGCACCAUUUUGCUACCAAUCAUGCAAAUAUAAAUAUAACUCUCCAUUUCAUAGAAAAAUAUAAAUGUUUGCUGUGCAUAUAGAGGUAUGGUCACUUGUUCUAAAAUGUUAAAAUAAUCUGUAAGCUUUUUAUAUAGAGGGUAUGUUACUAUACUGAUA